AUGUCUGGCCCGCCACGGAUGACUACGGGCGGCGCUCCUGGCGCGACCUUCACAGGUCAGCUGCACACUCAGCUGCGCGGUGCAAGAGAAGCGGCAGCAGCAGCAGCAGCAGAAGAGGGGAUGGUGGCAGAACGAGAGAGAGAGAGAAAGAACAGGUCGAGGGGGUUGAGCCCGAUCCAAAAGCGCAGCACACAAGACGGCAACCGCUUUGAAGCGAGCCUUCUCCAGAUAUGCAGUCUGCAGCUCUGCAGGAAAACCGAUGCGAAAUAUCAGCGUACGAGCAUCCGUGUGUGCCAGGAGCGCCAGCAUGCAGGCGCAGGGGAGCGGGCGAGAGAGCGCGAUGAAGGACUCCCCGUCGAGAAGCGCCCGAGCUCGCCUCGGCGAGACCACACCGUGCAGGCAACUGCACUGGUCGCGUCCCUGUGCUGCGCCUCUUGA